AUGGUCAUGUCAACAGCCCAACUUGGCCGAGUUCAAACUAGUAUGGAAGACAGAAUCGCCCACAAAACUGACUGGGUAAACGACCCCAAUCAACAGAAAAAGAAAAAAAAUUACCCAGAGUAUAAGAUGCCACACAGUCUUCUUAAGGGUCAGGGUGGGGUCAUCUCUGACUCAAGUCCCGUCAGUGCCAGAAAGAAACCGCCCCUGCCUCGACACAUCACCAAAAUUGACCAGGAAACAAAAAAGGAAACAGAUAAAUGGAAAGAUGAGCUGAUAUGGGACUUAAAUGGCGUCCCUUCUCUUCGUGGAAUCCUCAAGCAAUGGGUCCAACUCGGCGUCACAAUAAGCAACAUAGGGCAGUUUUUAGAAAGCGUGCUCUACAAACGGGAUGACCACCUAGACGGCCGCCUUACACAAAUGGUCGACACCCACCGAACAUACACUUGUAUUGCACUAGAUAUUCUUAAACACUAUCAGAUCCGUGACGAUUAUGGCAAGCCACUCUGGAAAUACACCACCAUACAGCUAGGCGAUAGAUACGCCAGAGCCAAACAACCCCAAGAUAGUAUACUUCCUGCCAGUGUAUUUCGAGAUACCUCCUUGCAAAGUUCACGUCAUCUCACUUCUACCUCUACUCAAAGAAGAUCAAACGACAAGGCCGAUAAGGCCGACAAUUCCUGGUACCAAAUUCCCCCUCCAAAAAUCCUUUGUCCCUUUCAAAAACCUUCCUUCCUGUGUGAUCCUGAGAUAUGUUGUCCAGACCUUUCACGUAAGCCGUGCCAUGAAGGCAUAUCUGUUAGUGAGCCGCCUACAUAUCCUUUUGAUAUAAGUGAAGCACGUCCUAGAAGGAGCAUUGCGGAGAGAAGAGCUUCAAUGAGAGAUAUAGGAGCUCAUCUACCGCGUGCUAUCUCUGCGGAGAUAAUCGAACCUUGUGCAUGUGUUGGAUCGACUUUGAGGGAUAGAGCUAACAAUUACCUACAGAAGCAGGAAGAGAAGCGGAAAGCGAAACAGAAACGUUAUGGCGUUGUUGAAUGUUGUGAUUUAGAGUUUUAA